CUGGUCUGCGCGCAAUGCGGCUCGCCCAUUUCGACCGCCGAGGAGCUCUGCACCGAGCGGGUCGACACGUUUGCGCGCGCCGUCUACGCGUACGAGCUCGACGUGCUCGACGAGGAGGCGUGGUGCUACUCCGCAACCAACCCGAGCGACACGCGGUUCGACGUCGCGCGGUUCCGGCUGCCGGCUGACGCGGCGCGGGCUUGCCGGCUGCGCUUUGAGGGCGUGCCGACGGCGGAGCACUCUUGGUUCCCGCCGUUCCUGUGGAGCAUGGCGUGCUGCGAGCGCUGCCGCUCCCACCUCGGCUGGGCAUUUCACCGCGAGGGCGCCUCCACGCCCGAGUUUGUCGGCCUUAUCCUCACCCACCUG